AUGGAGCCGAAAUGGGUGCCCUCCCUCCGACUCCCUCACACGGUACCUUGUAGAGGUGAUGGAGCCGAAAUGGGUGCCGCGUGCAUUGGGCGGGCGGUAGGGAACGGGAGCCGUGACGAGAUAUGGGUGUCGGACGAUAAGCCGGUGACUUGCAGCAACCUCAUCUUGGACGCGGAUGGUAUGCCAACGACUUUGGUCUACCCAAACGAGCAGGAGUGGACUGCAGAGACAACUCAGGCCUUGGGAAUUGACCCGGAUGUAUUCGAUGGCUUUGAUGGUAACCUCUACUUAGUGUGGGGCUCUCAUAUGCCUGGAGGAGCCCAGGUCGUUCUAUUGGGUGACGACGGCUUCAUCUCCCCCAACACCGUCGGGAAGACUUCGGUGACCUCGGACUCCGGCGAGGUGGCUGAGGCCUACAAGAUCGUGGCCACUUGCUACUCGGAUCCCAACGGUGCCGACUUCCCAGAGGGUCGGACGGGUGAGGCGCCAGCUGUUCUGCCCAAAGAGUGCGGUGGGACACAAUACUACUACUUGUUCUGGACUUGGGGCGCCUGUUGCAAUGGCCUGGCUUCAACAUACGAGACCGUGAUGGGUCGAUCUACAAGCCCCUUCGGACCUUAUGUGGACAAGAAUGGCAUGGACAUGGCAGUGCUGGACAGCACCACGCAGAACCCUGGCGGCUCCUAUUUCUUGCGAUCCGCCUUGAACGUCUCUGCAAGUGACAAGUCCGCAAUCGGCAGUCGCUACAUCGGACCUGGGCAUGUGGCUUUCUUUGAGUAUACGGACGCUGUCGGCGAGCCCGUCAUGAUCGUUACAUUUCAUUUCUACGAUGCUGCACAGCAGGGCACGGCUUUGCUGGGAGCCCGGAGGGUGUUUUUCGACAGCAGUUGCUGGCCUUAUGUGGAUGGGCAGACGUGGGGAGUCAAUGAACUCUUCAACCUGGCCUCCACCUCCGCACCUCCGACGUCACGAGAGACCACGAAAGUUUCCGAGACCGUAGAACCGAGCUCCACCUCGUCCGUCCCGCCGUCCUACAGCUCUGCAGCUGCCUUUCUCAGUGCUCAGAGUUUUUUCUUAUACUUAUCUUCCUCUUGGUGGCUCUAG